ACCAGAGAGCGCAGUGGGGCAGAGGACUUGUAGCCAUGGGAGUGCUUUGGAAAGGGAAAGGGCACAGCCCCGAAGAAAAGUUAUAUAAGCCUGUUAAGCUGUACCUUCGCUCCCUGCCUCCAAGAGGAGCUCCGGGUGCUUUGCUGUUCGUGAACUCUGAAGAGGAACAGGUUCCUGCAAGCCAAAAGGUUGGACGUGCAUGUUUGAAGUGAAUCUACUAUGAAUCAAGGAAGAUAUGAAGGGACAGAAAAUACCAUAUCUCCUUCUCCAUUUACUUUCUCUUUGUGCUAUGCUUUGGGGUUCUAGAGAACGGCAAACUGUAACAGGGCUGUUUUCUAAGGAUGUCAUCCUUCCUUGUCCUUUUCCACCUGGGAACGAUGAAGUAAUUUACUGGAAGAAAGAGAACAAAAAUGUACUCAGCUACUAUGAGCAGAAGGACCAGCUAGAAGGCCAGCACCCAGAUUACAGAAACAGAACACAUCUUUUUCAUCAGAACAUUGCUCAUGGAAAUGCCUCCUUGAAACUUAGUAAUGUGACCUUGACUGAUGAGGGCCUUUAUCAUUGCUAUGUGGGAACAGAGAAAGCUAAAACAGAAGUGGAUGUCAUGCUGCGGGUACAAGUUCUCCCUGUUUGUGCACUGGAAUACCAAAAGACAGAAACAGCAAGGAUUUUGAAGUGCUAUGCCUUUCAUACUUACUUGACACCAAAUGUAACUUGGGUACGAGGCAAUGCAUACAUCCCAGAAACAGGUCGGGAGGAAACCAGGAAUGGAGUUCUCUCUUCUGUUAGAAGUGACCAGAACGUUAUAAACACAUCUGACACUUACUACUGUCAUAUUAAUCUCUCCCAUGAUAACUGGACUGCUGUGUGGAGUAUGCAUGACCAACUUUCAAAAGCUGAAGGAAGUAGCGCUGUCAUUUCUUGUGAAUACAGCAAUAAUGCUUUACGUGCUAAAGAUUUCACUGUUGUCUGGAAACGAAACAAAAAUGCCUCUAUCUCAGUCCUGGCCUCUUUCAAUGGUACAUUUCAGAAUCACCAGCCUCGAGUUCAAAUUAUCCAAAACAACUUUUCACUCAGAAUUACUGAUCUUAGUGUGGAUGACAGUGGAGACUAUGUGUGCAAUAUUUCAGCACCUCACAGCACAAGACUUUCCGUGACAACGCUGCAAGUUGAACACACAGGUAACACCCUGACAAUUGCGAUAGUGACAGUGACUGUGAUCGUUAUCAUUGUACUGAUGGUGAUAGUGGUAUUCUGUAUCUGCAAGAAACACAAAGAAGGAGUGCUAUGAGUAUCCUCGCCAUAAUAAAGGAAACCCUUUCACUGCAAAUGGAGGCUCCUGUGCUUGUUGCUGAAAAUAAGCUUGGAGAACAUAGGAAUUUUUUCCCAUUGAGCAGCACUAGGAGCACAAUGGAAGGCGAAUUACGUGAGCAGCAGGAACAAGCAAGUAAACUGACAGAAGAAAUCAUAUGCAAGUCAACUGACGUUUGUACGUGAAAUUUGGGUGUAUUAAAAGGACAAUGGGAACAUUUCAAGGAAAAUCAAAUUUUGAGGGUUGGUGGUUUUUUUUUUUGUUGUUGUUGUUUUUGUUUGUUUGUUUUGGUUUUUUUUAAUCUGUAAGGGGAAGAGAGGACUUAUGUACUGUUUUGCACUUUACUGAAUGUUUUAACACCAAUUUUAAAGAGGAAGAGAUCUAAAAGAACACUAUUUCUGAACCACAGGCAGUCUUUAUGUGACAAGUCCCUCCACAGCAUUUCUGAUGCCUGUCCUGCGGCGAGAGAGCAAACAUCCUUUCGCCAAUUGUAGGAGAAGCUUCUAAACUGAUCGUUGAUCUGGAGUUUAGCUUCUGCUGUGGUAAAAUAACUGCUACAGCCUCUGACCAGCAAACAGGGCAGCUAGAAGCCUGAUAUUCUGGCUUUAAAUGCUGUCCUCUGAGACUGGGAAACAUGACUGGAUUUGCCCUCCUGUUUGAUUUCACAAGAGAUCUGACAACUGGGAUUUGUUCCUAAAUAAUGAAGUGGGCUAUUGGCAGUAUGUAAUCCAGUAUUGAUCCCUGGGGCUUAACAAAAUGAAAAUAUAUAAAGAUGAAUGCAAUACACUA